GAUUAAGAGACGAGAAAGGAAUCCUGCGUCUGGGUAAGAAGGAGCUGACAGAACCACAAACGAUCAAGGGCAAAAAGCAUUAGCUAAUUAAGUUAGUGGAACAAAGAGGCGCAGAUUUCGCGGAACGACUCAAGCCGACUACUGAGGUUUCUGCCCGGAGUUUAAAAGCUGCUUCCGUUGCUCAGCGGAAGUGUGGGUCGCAAGAGGACGACUCUGGGAAGAAUCCGUUCUCCGCCGUGUCUGCACAACCGGAAUCAUGUCGAGCUUGGCGGUGAGAGACCCAGCAAUGGAUCGAUCACUGCGUUCCGUGUUCGUGGGGAACAUUCCGUAUGAGGCAACUGAGGAGCAGUUAAAGGACAUUUUCUCAGAGGUUGGUUCUGUUGUCAGUUUCCGGCUGGUGUACGAUAGAGAGACCGGAAAACCCAAGGGUUAUGGCUUCUGCGAGUAUCAAGACCAGGAAACCGCGCUUAGUGCCAUGCGGAACCUGAACGGGCGGGAGUUCAGCGGGAGAGCGCUUCGGGUGGACAAUGCUGCCAGUGAGAAGAACAAGGAGGAGUUAAAGAGCCUAGGGCCUGCAGCGCCCAUCAUUGACUCACCCUAUGGGGAUCCCAUCGAUCCAGAAGAUGCCCCAGAAUCAAUUACCAGAGCAGUUGCUAGUCUCCCCCCGGAGCAGAUGUUUGAGCUGAUGAAGCAGAUGAAGCUCUGUGUCCAAAACAGCCACCAGGAAGCUCGAAACAUGUUACUUCAAAACCCACAGCUGGCUUAUGCACUGUUGCAGGCACAAGUAGUGAUGAGAAUCAUGGAUCCAGAGAUUGCUCUGAAAAUUCUGCAUCGCAAGAUACAUGUCACACCACUCAUCCCAGGCAAAUCUCAGUCUGUCUCCGGCCCUGGCCCGGGUCCUGGGCUAUGCCCAGGCCCUAAUGUUCUGCUCAACCAGCAGAAUCCUCCAGCCCCUCAGCCUCAGCAUCUGGCUAGAAGACCUGUGAAAGACAUCCCUCCUCUGAUGCAGACCCCGAUCCAGGGUGGAAUUCCAGCCCCGGGGCCAAUACCAGCCGGGGUUCCUGGACCUGGUCCCGGUUCCUUAACUCCUGGUGGAGCAAUGCAGCCCCAAGUUGGAAUGCCAGGGGUUGGUCCGGUGCCUUUAGAGCGAGGACAGGUGCAGAUGUCGGAUCCUAGAGCGCCUAUGCCUCGUGGACCCAUGACUGCUGGUGGCCUGCCUCCUCGAGGACUGUUAGGAGAUGCUCCCAAUGACCCACGUGGAGGGACUUUGCUUUCAGUCACUGGAGAAGUAGAGCCCAGAGGCUAUCUUGGUCCACCUCAUCAGGGUCCCCCUAUGCACCAUGCCUCUGGUCAUGACAACCGUGGCCCUUCUUCACAUGAGAUGAGGGGAGGGCCAUUAGCAGAUCCCAGACUGCUAAUUGGAGAGCCCAGAGGACCUAUGAUAGAUCAAAGGGGCCUACCUAUGGAUGGCAGAGGUAGUAGAGAUUCUCGAGGGAUGGAGACUCGAGCCAUGGAAACUGAGGUCUUGGAGACACGAGUAAUGGAGAGAAGAGGAAUGGAGACCUGUGCAAUGGAAACCAGAGGAAUGGAAGCAAGAGGCAUGGAUGCAAGAGGAAUGGAGAUAAGGGGCCCUGGUCCUAGUUCGAGAGGCCCUAUGACUGGUGGAAUCCAGGGUCCUGGACCCAUUAAUAUGGGGGCAGGUGGUCCUCAGGGACCCAGACAGGUCCCAAGCAUUUCAGGGGUGGGAAAUCCUGGAGCUGGCAUGCAGGGGGCAGGCAUACAAGGAGCAGGCAUGCAGGGAGCGGGCAUACAAGGGACAGGCAUGCAGGGAGCGGGCAUACAAGGAACAGGCAUGCAGGGAGCAGGCAUACAAGGAGUAGGCAUGCAGGGGGCGGGCGUACAAGGAACAGGCAUGCAGGGGGCAGGCAAGCAAGGUGGAGGCCAGCCUAGCAGUUUUAGUCCUGGGCAGAGCCAAGUAACUCCCCAGGAUCAGGAAAAGGCAGCUUUGAUCAUGCAGGUUCUUCAACUGACUGCAGAUCAGAUUGCCAUGCUGCCUCCUGAGCAAAGGCAGAGCAUCCUGAUUUUAAAGGAACAGAUCCAGAAAUCUACGGGAGCUUCUUGAAAAGUUUUAGAAAAUAUUUAGCAGUAGUCCCAGAAAGUUUUUUUGUAAUGGAGAAUGGGUGCAGAAAGCUGACUUCUGCAUCCCCACACUUGAAUGAUUAGAGUUUCUCUCCUCCCAGAACCUAAUCUUAUUUCUUCUUGUUGUCUUUUUCUUUUUUUCUGUUUUCCUUUUUAUUUUUAAUUGGGGGGGUAGGGGGAGGAAGGGGUGGGUCUGUUCAAUUCAUUGUAAAUGUACAAAAAUAACUCUGAACAUGAUUAUAUUAUACCAAAUAGGAUUACAAAGAAUAUUCAGCAAUAUUAAAAAUGUCUACAAUAUGUUAACUACAUUUUUAAAAAUACUGAGUAAAAUGAUGUGAAAACUGCACAUAAAGACUAAGAGAUGACCUAUUAAAAUGGUAAUGUACUAAUAAGAUAGUUUAAGGUUUUUGUUUGUAUAAGAAAAUAAAGAAAUUGACCACAAAAUUUUAAGAUAUAUUUUUUGGUAAGCCAUUUAAAAUACAAAAUCCUGUUUUGGGGGUGAUAGAACGUAUUAGUUGAAGCAUCGUUUUAGUGUUUUGGAAUUCUUUUGAAACAUUAGAGCUAACAGGAUAAGUCUAGCUUGUGGUAUUGGAAUUUUUUUUUUCUAAAGCUGUGCUACCUGAAAAAUCAAGGAAUGCAUCUGGUGUGAUGUGAUGUUUUAUUUAUCUCACCCUUCAGGGACCAGCAAUAUUCAGGCCUUGCCCUGAGCAGGAUGAUUUUGCUGGGACAGUUCUAGGAUCAACCGGGUUACUUAAGUCUUCUCUGAUGAGAGUCAAUAUCUCUCGCACUAUCUUCCCAUUUCUCAGUAGUCUUUAAGCCCUAAAUGUGAAUCUGAGUAAUUCUCUCACACCCUUCCCAAACAUCAGCAUCUAGGGACCAGUUGAUCUGGAUGAGUUAUACACAGCAUUGGGCUUUUCAUAAAUAGUGGAAGGCUUCAUGCAUUAGAGCUCUCAGUUUGCUGGUUACUAGCUUCCAUAUACAGAUGGUAUCCAUCUGGUCAACCAGAAUCAGGAGUUAAAAAUCUUAAUCUGAGCAACAUUUAACAUGCCUUUUAGUUUUCUUAUUUCAAAAUCUACCUAUCUAUCACCAUCUUAUCAGAAUAAUUGAGGCCCAGGUAGGUAGAGAUAUUCUUGUAGCCUUAAUUCCCUGCUCAGUUGGUUAUUACUCACUUUACUUUUUACAAGUAAUAAAGUUAUUGAGUCCUAAUAUAUAUACCCAUGAGACAUUUAAAAAUCAGUAGGAAGGUCGGGCUAUCACAUUUUCUUUAGAGCUACUACCUAAUUUAUUUUUAAGCCUUGAGGAUAUAGACACAAAAAUUUGUGUCAUAGACCAACUAGUAAUUAACAGAACCAUAAACACACAAAUAACCAGAUGAUCUUACUCUGGAGAAGAAAAACCAAUAUCUAGUUAAGAGGAAAAAAUAUCAUUUAAUGAGAGAGCUGAGACUUGGAAAUUGAAUUAUUUUCCCCUUGCAAAGUUUUUACAUCUUAAAUGGGUAAUUCAUUUUUUACAAAGUUUUUAUCCCUAUGCUGUUGUUUCCUGCUACCUGUUUUACUCCUCUUUUUACUGUUGUUGAUACUGUUAACUUUCUCCUGUUUUCUGUAUGCUUCCCCUGUAUUGGAGGGGAUGACUCUCCUUUAUGUGUGAUAGUUCCAGGCAAUAGUAAUUCACCGAGUUGGCUUGAUUCCUUUGAAAUUAUAGUUGUUUUAUCCCAAAGCUUUCACUGAAGGGCUUUAACUGAAAACUAUUAAAUGUUAUGCUCUUGGUUGUAGUAAGAUCCGUGCAUUGUUUAAUGCAGACUAAAUAAAAUGUACAAUUAAGGCUGA